AUGAAGCGAUUUGCACAACAUCAGACCGACAGUACCACUAUUGAGGGUCGGACACAUCUGCUCUCGUGUGACCAGGGUAAAGAAUUGCUCCAACUAUCCGCAAAAGAGCUUUGGUCGGCGGAUUUGUUCUUUAUUUGUGAAGCACAAGCAAGGACGUAUCAACGACGAGUACCGACAACCUUCGGAAUUUCAAAAUGCAUGAAGUGUUCACGGAAAGCUAUGCUGACGGUUGGUUCGAUUUCGCUCUGUCUGAGUUCGAUACAAGCAUCAUUUAUCAAUGUCUUCCUUCCUCAAGGCUAUCCGUAUUCUGUCAGUGAGGACUAUCUUCGUUACCAGUUAUGGGACACGAUGCAAGCGUUUGCGAGUUCAAUGACCGCAGCAUUAGCGACUGAAGCCGUGUUAAAAGGAGCUGGAGUGGGAAACCAGUCAGCAUCUGCUCUAGCGGCUUCUCUCACAUGGAUUGCAAAAGAUGGUCUUGGAAUGAUAGGUCGUAUUACGUUCUCCUUUUUCAAAGGAUCUGAACUUGAUUAUGACUGCAAGAAAUGGCGCCUUGUAGCUGAUAUUAUGAACGACGUCGCUUUCUUUGUCGAUCUUCUUUCACCAGCCUUACCUGGGUUGUUCUUUGUUUGCGCGUGCACGUCAUCUCUUCUACGAUGUGUCGUUGGUGUUGCAGGUGCAGCUACUAGAACAGCUAUAGUGCAACAUCAAGCUCGUCGGAAUAACUUGGCUGAUGUGUCUUCUAAAGAUGGUAGUCAAGAAACCAUGGUGAAUAUGACAGCUCUUCUUGCAUCGUUGAUCAUGCUGCCUCUAGUGAGCGGGAAACAUACGCUUAUUUGGUCAUUGUUCGUGAUCUUUACCGGUGUGCAUUUGUACGCGAACUACCGAGCCGUUCGUUCCUUGAACAUAGAGACUCUAAACCUCAAAAGAGCAACUAUCCUUAUCAGGUCGUGGCUAGCAUCGGACCGUGUUCUGUCUGUUCAAGAGUGCAAUAACGCAGAGCCGCUUUUCUACUCUUUUGGGGUGCGUCAUCUCGGAUGCUCAUUGUACAAUUUGCUGUCAUACAAACAAAGAGUUCCAUCUGCACUACUCCGAGUGUGUGACAAUUACACACUACUCUACGACACACACAGGAACAUAGGCUGGGUUGCUCUUUCUGAAAGCGCACCAGACAUUUGUGUACUGAACGCUGUUUUUGAUAUAGAGGUCCUUUCUUCCCAGGAUGUAGAUUCCGAGAAGAAAUUUGGUACAUUCUUAGCUCAGCUGAAAAGCAAAGGAUGGAGAGUGGAGGGAGCCAAUCUGGGCUCUGAUGAGUGGAAUUAUAGUACAAAAUGA